AUGAACGGACAUCGUUCAGAACCGCUCUCAAUAGAGAACCUUCUUCAAAAACAAAGGGAGGAAAAAGAGGCUGCAUCCAAGCCUAAAUUCUUGACUAAAGAGGAGCGUGCUAAGCUUGCAAUAGCUAAGAGAGCUCAGGAAAUCAAAGAGGAACGAGAGAGGAAUGAAGCCGCUCGUCGGGACCGCGAAGCGCUAGAACGAGAGGCGGAGGAGCUCGCUCAGCGCGAGAGGAACAGUAGGUACGGUGGCGGAGGAAGCAGCGGCGGUCGAUACCAAGAUCGAUAUCAAGACCGAGAUAGCAGGGAUAAUAGAGAUGGUAGGGGGGAUCGAGGGGGGAGGAAAGACCGAGAGGCGCCUCGAGGUGGCAGACCUUCAGCGCAAGACGACAGACGCACUCGCGACGGGUACCAAAACGUACCCACCGGGCCUCGCGCUGAACGAGCAAAGACAUCUAAUGGCUCUACAGACGUUGCCAUGUCCAACUCGAUGCCUCCGCCUCCAGCGCCGACCUCUGAUCUCACUAACGAUUCCGAGUCAUACGUACCCCCAAUGACUGACAACGAUAUUUCCGCUAUCCGGUCCCGGUAUCUUGGUGUUGACAAAAAGAAGCGGAAAAUCCGCAAAAUGAACGAUAGGAAGUUUGUCUUUGACUGGGAUACGCAGGAUGACACCUUUACCGACGAUUCACCCGUAGCCGUUGGAAGCAAUCGUCAGGGUGCUCAAGUCAUGUUUGGACGAGGAAGGUUGGCGGGAAUGGACGAUGGUGGGGGUAGUGGCCCGCGGAAGAGCUCGAGUACGGCUAAUGGUGUUCAGUUGGCGGAUGCAAUGGAACGCAGGAAUGCUGCCAAAGCUGGAUACGACGAUAGACAUUGGACAGAGAAACCUCUUUCAGAGAUGAAAGAACGCGACUGGCGUAUCUUUAGGGAGGAUUUCAGUAUAUCCGCCAGAGGCGGUGCUAUCCCUCAUCCUCUACGUUCUUGGAAAGAAUCUACUAUUCCAGAGGCAAUAUUGGAAUGUAUUGAGCGUAUAGGUUACAAAGAACCGUCGCCCAUUCAGAGACAAGCCAUCCCUAUUGGACUCCAGAACCGCGAUAUCAUCGGUAUCGCCGAAACAGGUUCGGGUAAAACUGCAGCUUUCGUUAUCCCUAUGCUGGCUUUCAUUUCAAACCUGCCGCCCUUUACUGACGAAAUCCGCCAUCUCGGUCCAUAUGCCCUGAUCAUGGCACCGACGCGUGAAUUGGCGCAGCAAAUUGAAAGCGAAGCACGCAAGUUUGCCUCACCUCUAGGAUUCAGGUGUGUUUCUAUUGUUGGAGGACGCGCGGUCGAAGAACAACAAUUUAAUCUUCGAGAGGGUGCUGAAAUCAUUAUUGCUACCCCCGGUCGUUUGAAGGAUGUCAUCGAGCGCCGUGUUUUAGUCUUGUCGCAAUGUCGAUAUGUAGUGAUGGACGAAGCGGACCGCAUGGUGCAUCUCGGAUUCGAGAAUGACCUGACCUUUAUCCUUGAUGCGCUCCCUAGCGAAACGAUGCAAGGAGAAGACCAGGGAGAGCAAAUGGACGUGGACGGAGAGACGCUUGUGAAAAAGGGACGUACUCGUGUGACCACGCUGUUCUCGGCCACGAUGCCAGCUGCUGUGGAACGCCUUGCGCGGAAAUAUCUGAAAAAACCUGCCGUAAUUACGAUCGGUGAGGCAGGACGUGCGGUGGAUACGGUCGAACAACGUGUGGAGUUUGUCAACGGAGAAGAAAAGAAGAAGCAAAAGUUGCUGGAAAUUCUCAACAGCGGGCUGUACGCAUCCCCUAUUAUCGUGUUUGUCAACCAAAAGAAGACGGCAGAUAUGGUUGCCAAAGAUCUAUCCCGGGCAGGCUGGAGCGCUGCAACGCUGCAUUCAGGCAAAAAUCAAGAACAGCGAGAGGCGUCACUGCAAUCGUUGCGCAGUGGCGAAUCGGAUGUUCUCGUGGCUACAGAUCUGGCGGGACGUGGUAUCGAUGUGCAGGACGUUAGUUUGGUUAUCAAUUUCCAGAUGGCGAGCACAAUUGAAGCCUACGUGCAUCGUAUCGGGCGUACUGGACGCGCUGGUAAGAUGGGAGUGGCGAUUACGUUCCUUACAAACGAUGAUGAUGAAGUCAUGUACGAUUUGAGACAAGAAAUUUCCAAGAGCCCAGUAUCGAAAGUGCCACCCGAGCUGGCUAAACACGAAGCGGCGCAACAUAAAGUGUCGCGGGAGAUGAAGCGCAAGCGGGAUGCGGACGAUCUCGGAUAG